AUGCAAGCAACAUUAAUACCUAAGGCAACAUCAUACACAACAGAAAUACCAGCAUCAAUAAUAUCUACACCAUUUAUAAUGGCAACAAUGACUAUAGCCUCGUCAUCUAUUUCCACGACAAUUUAUCCAACAUCAACAUCACGAUCACAAAUGUCUAUAACAACAUCUGAACUUACAAUGAUUACAACUCCAUUUUUUCAAACCACAUCAUUUGUAUUAUCAACAACAACAACAACAACUGUAACAUUAUUAGAAACUACUAGUAUCACAACAGAAAAAUCAUUUACAACAUUCAACAUAUCAUCUGUAAUUACACCCAAAUCAUUCAUAUCUAUAUUCAAAAUUCCCAUGACUCAGUCAAUUCUAUCAAAAACUGGUACAACUACAUCUUACAAUAUAAUACCAACAACAAUAUUACAAACACCUACGAAAAAUAUUCAACAAACAUUCUAUAGUAUAACAACUGCUCCCUCACUUCUGAUGACAGUCACCGAAUUGAUGAGAAUUAAAGAGAAGACAUUUUCAAAAACGCAUGUAGAAACAAAACUAUUCACGAUGAUGUCAAAUUCAACACUUUCACUAGUUACAACUCAAAAAUCGUUAGUUUCUUCGUUUACAUCAAGUAAAAGAUCAGAAGAAUCUCAUAAUAUUCUUCUAUAUAUUUUAUACAGUUUACUAUUUGUGAUUAUAUCUAUUGCAAUCAUUUCUUUUAUUGAUUGUUAUCAUUAUUAUCGUCGCAAACAACAACAGUUAUUUAAUGAAUAUUCAAUUACUAUUUUAAGUGCACCAACAUCUACAAAUACAUAUAGCAGUACUAAUAAUGAUAGAAUCCAAUCGAAAAAUUUAUCAAAUACAUCGAACACAUUUUUAUCAUUAUUAUUAAUGCAAUCUAAUGAAACUCAAUCAUUGAAAAAGGUGAACAAAGGUGUUGAACAUAUAGUUAAUGAUAAUUGA